AUGGAGAAAAUGGAAAACUCCAGUGAGAUUGUGUCAUUUGUGUUGUCUGCUUUUGAAAAUGUUGGGGAGUUAAAAUACCUGUAUUUUGUAAUAAUACUGGUCUGGUAUGUCUCUAUAUGUGUGGCAAACACAGUCCUUAUUGUGGUCAUACGUGUGGACAGAAGGCUGCAUGAGCCAAUGUAUAUACUUCUUUGUAAUUUAUGUGUGAAUGAAAUAAAUGCCAGCACAUCACUGUAUCCUCUUUUGCUCUCACAGAUGUUUUCAGACAGCCACGAGGUGACCCUGCCGUGGUGUUUUCUGCAGAUGUGUUGUUUGUACACAAGUGCUUCUGUUGAGCUUUGUAGUUUAGCAGCCAUGGCCUAUGACAGAUAUAUCUCAAUCUGUCAUCCAUUACGCUAUAAUGUCAUUAUGAAGGCAGAGAGAGUGUUUUUGUUGAUUCUGCUUGUGUGGGUGUAUUCAUUUCUUAGUUUUAUUUUCUCAUUUUCAUUCAUCUUCAGUUUGAAGUUUUGUGAAAAUAUUAUUCACAACGUGUAUUGUGACCACCAAUUAAUAAUUAGACUUUCGUGUUCAGUUUCAAUCCAAAGCUUUAUUUCUGAUAUAUCCUUCGCAACUGUGAGUGUUUUCAUACCCUUCAGUCUCAUUUUAGUCUCUUACAUGAAGAUUUUGAGAGUUUGCGGGUAUAUAUUUUACUUUAUUGACUUCAGGUCUGUAGUUUCUCAGGUAUUAGAUGAAGUUCAUAUAAUUUUGCCUAUGUAUGUCCUCAUUUUUCAACCAAUGCUCACCCCAUUUAUGUAUGGAUUUAAUUUACCAAAGAUAAGGCAAUCAUAUCUACGGAAGAGGAUUAAAUUCUGUUUUCUGCACAUGUCUUCCAUGUACAUAAGUGGGCCUGCUGAGUUUUGCAGUUUAGCAGCCAUGGCCUAUGACAGAUAUAUCUCAAUCUGUCAUCCAUUACGCUAUAAUGUCAUUAUGAACACAGAGAGAGUGUUUUUCAUGAUUCUGCUUGUGUGGAUAUAUUCAUUCCUGAGUGUAAUACUAUCAUUCUCAUUUAUCUUUAGUUUGAAGUUUUGUGGAACUAUUAUUGAAAAUGUGUAUUGUAACCACAGAUUAAUACUUAGACUUUCAUGUUUCGUUUCAGUCCAUAACUUUUUAUCUGAUAUAUUCUUUCUCUUUGUAAGCUUUUUCAUACCAUUCACUCUCAUUUCAGUGUCUUAUGUAAAGAUUUUGGCAGUUUGUCGAAAAACAUCCACAGAAAACAAGCAGAAAGCCGUGACUACUUGUGUCCCUCAGAUCGUCUCUGUGUCAAACCUGUUUGUUGGCUCAAUUUUUCAGUGUAUCGAUUCCAGUGUUAUAGUUGCUCGUCUACCAGUCCGUAUAAUUUUAUCUAUUUAUCUUUUCAUCUGUCAACCAAUGCUGACUCCAUUUCUCUAUGGAUUUAAUUUGCCUAAGAUAAGGCAAUCAUGUAAAAAGCUUUUGUUUAAGAAAAAACAAUAG